UUAUUCUUAUACGUGAAGUAAAAUUAACAGAGUAUUUGUUUCCCAUUAUAUGUUUACGCUUUGGUAAUUUAGGAUUCAAAUACAUUUACUUUUUGGAUAGUGUCAAAAAUAAGAAAAAUUAGACAAUUAUACUCAGGCGCUUUUGAACACAUUAUUUUGGUGCCUUCUGGGUAAUGGAGGAGCAAAUUUCUGUGGAACUACAAGUCGUGUGAGAACUACUUAUCCCAUAAUCCUGUUGGCGCUUACUUUUUUUUUUCAUCAGUAGUUGUGCUACCACCAAACGGCAACGACAGCAUCCCUCAUCGCAAUAACGAUGUGGCUUUUCUUUUUCUUCGCGUGCCUCGUCGCGGUGACGUUCCUAGUGGUUUUAUUCGCGCCUCACAUACGAUAUGCGGCGGGAGGCGUGUGCAUGUCGUCUGCUCGUCUGGACGGGAAGACUGUUCUCAUCACUGGUGCCAACACCGGCAUCGGAAAGGAGACCGCCCUGGACCUGGCCACUCGAGGAGCUCAUGUAGUCAUGGCGUGCCGGGACGUAAGCAAAGGUGAGGAGGCGGCAGCCAGCAUUCGGGCAGCGUACCCCGAAACACAGGUGGAGGUCCGCGAGCUAGACUUGGCUGACACGUGCUCCAUACGAUCGUUUGCGCAACAAUUCCUUCGAGACUUCAACCAACUUCACAUCCUUAUCAACAACGCCGGGGUUAUGAUGUGCCCCUACACCAAAACUAACGACGGUUUCGAGAUGCACAUCGGCGUCAAUCACUUAGGUCACUUCCUGUUGACGUCGCUGCUGGUGGGCCUACUGAAGCGCAGCGCUCCGGCACGCAUUGUGGUAGUCUCGUCAUUGGCGCACAACUUUGGCUGGAUACGCUUCCACGACCUGCACAGCCAGGGAAGCUACAACAGCGGACUGGCGUAUUGCCAGAGCAAGCUGGCCAAUGUGCUCUUUGCUCGAGAGCUGGCGAGACGUCUGAAAGGCAGCAACGUGACGGUGAAUUCACUACAUCCCGGCACGGUGAAUUCAGACCUGACGCGUCACUCCACCCUCAUGAUGAUCUUCUUCAACGUCUUGUCCGUCUUCCUGAAGACACCACGCGAGGGCGCCCAGACAAGCGUCUACUGUGCUGUGGCUGAGGAGCUUCACUCCAUCUCUGGGAAACACUUCAGUGACUGUGCCCCUGCCUUUGUGGCCCCCCAGGGGAGAAGUGAAGAGACCGCUCGGCGUCUCUGGGACGCCAGCUGCGAGCUCCUUGGCAUCCAGUGGGAAUAAUUGAAGACUGUUUCGUAUUUCUUGAUAUAGUGUGAUAUUUUUCAAGCAAAAAAACAAACUACAUUUUAAUGAUACAAUGUGAAACCUCCGUGAAGUUGGCCCCCUAUCAGACGUAAAUUUAUAAAAAUAUUAGGUCAUUCGUUUGUGACGUUACCGGUUUUGAGAUAUUAACAAUUUUAUAACUCAAUCAGAGGUCAACCAGCCCCCAUUUUGAUUAAAAAUGGUGUCAGUCAUUUGUGCUACAGAAAUUUUAGUCUGUGCUGUUAUCGUUUUUGACAUAUUAAUUUCGAGUGAUGGCGUCACGCAGCCCCCCCAUUUAUUGGAAAAUGGACCCGAAAUGGUGCCAUUUGUUUAUGCUGUAAAACAAUUCGUUUGUGCUGCUAUCAUUUUAUAGAUAUUGAGACAUUAAUUUCGAGUGAUGUCACUCGGAGCCCUCCCAUUUACUGCAAAAUAGACCAGAAGGGAUGCCAUUCAUUUAUGCUACGUUUGGGCUAGUUUUUGGGACGCCCCCCUCUGUUAUUGAGGGAGUUGGUACUCUCAGUCAUCCAUGACGGAGGAGCUGCGAUUGCACAAAUGAUUUACACCAUUUUUAGCAGUUUUUAAACAAAAUGGGAGGCUGCUUGACCUCAAACCGACCAAUAAAAAUAUAGCAACACAAACGAAAUGUUUUACAACACAAAUGAAGAAUAAAGUUUGACACCAUUUUUAAUGAAAAUGGGAGGCUGCUUGAACUCAUUUUGACCUAUUAAAAGAAUUGCAAAUAUUGAAAUGAUAGCAGCACAAACAAAACUUUUUACAGCACAAACAAGCACCAAUGAUUGACAUCAUUUUUAUAUAAAUUUGUAUCUGAUGGGGGGCAACUUGACGGAGGUCAAUGUGAAAGCAGGACAGCUGGAAGUCUUGCUGUACUGUUAGCGGUCCAAGCAGGGUAAAACGACCAGCAUCUUUUAGGUGAUUUAUCCUAUAUUUUGUCUUAUUUCUGAGCAUAUUUGCAGCUACAAGCGCUUCACAUGUGUGCCAAAAUCUCGCAGGGCUUUUUUCUUAAGGUGGAUCCAAACAAUUAGUAAGCUACGUGUGACUUUAUGGUAAUGACAGAAAACAGUCCAUAGAGUAGAACAAGAGUUUACAUGAGUGCUUUUUAUACCAGCGAGGUUCGUUUGCCUUUUUAACUCACUGGCUGCCAUUAACGGCGAUUAGACGUCCAAUCCGUUCGGACUGAGAGGGGCUGGCCAGCCUUUCAAAACGGAUUAGACAUCUAUCGCCGUCAAUGGCAACCAGUGAGUUAACCACACGUAACGUUCAAGUGCAGAGUUGAAUGUUUACAUUUCAUGUAAAUAAACCGUCGCCAAUGGAACCUUGUGACUUAUUUUAUUCAGUCAUCCUUGUUCAAAUCCCGUUUUUGUGAGUUGGACAUCAUGAGUUUUUAUUUAUCUUAAUUAGCAAACAAAUCAAAAAAACAUUAGAAAAAUCACAUUUGAUUGCAUCAUCAUCGUCAAAAAAAUAAUAACGUGCCACAUUCAAAGAGGAUUAUGAAAUUUAUAAAGUGCGGCAGUGA